AUGCUGCUCCUUAUUGAUCCGCCGGAUGAUAAAUAUUUUGAUAGGUACCAACCCCUAUCUGGUGAGUACGUACCCCCACCCGGUAUGAAGUUUUUGGUAAGCCCCGUUCUGCAAGGCUUAGGUGAGUACCUACCCCCACCCGGUAUGAAGUUUUUGGUAAGCCCCGUUCUGCAAGGCUUAGGUGAGUAUGUACCCCCACCCGGUAUGAAGUUUUUGGUAAGCCCCGUUCUGCAAGGCUUAGAAGUUAGGGAAGGAGAGGAAGUUAAAGAAGGAGAAGAAGUUAAGGAUGGAGAAGAAGUUUGGGAUAGAGAAGAAGUUUGGAAUAGAGAAGAAUUUAAGUAUGGAGAAGAAAUCAAGGAGGAAGAAGAAGUUAUGGAUGGAGAUGGGGAAGAAGUGAAGGAAGGAGAAGAUGUUAGGGAAGGAGAAGAUGUUAGGGAAGAAGAAGAAGUUUUGGAUGGAGAAGAAGUCAAGGAUAAACAAGAAAUUAUGGAUGGGGAAGAAGUUAAGGAGGGAGAGAUGAUUAUUAUGGUUGGAGAAGAAGUCAAGGAAGGAGAAGAAGUCAAGGAAAGAGAAGAAGUCAUGGAAGGAGAAGAUGGUUUGGAUGGAGAAGAAGUUAAGGAAGGAGAAGAAGUUAGGGAAAGAGAGGAAGUUAAAGAAGGAGAAGAAGUUAAGGAUGGAGAAGAAGUUUUUAAGGAUGGAGAAGAAAUUUGGGAUGUAGAUGAAGUUAAGGAAGGAGAAGAAGAAGUUAAGGAUGGAGAAGAAGUUAUGGAAGGAGAAGAAGUUAAGGAUGGGGAUAGUUUGGGAUGGGAAGAAGUGAAGGAAGGAGAAGAAGUUAGUGCGGCGACAGUUAGGAAAGAAGAAGAAGUUUUUGAUGGAGAAGAAGUCAAGGAUAAAGAAGAAAUUAUGAAUGGGGAAGAAGUUAAGGAGGGAGAGAUGAUUAUUAUGGAUGGAGAAGAAGUCAAGGAAGGAGAAGAAGUCAUGGACGGAGAAAAUGUUAUGGAAGUAGAAGAUGGUUUGGAUGAAGAAGAAGUUAAGGAAGGAGAAGAAGUUAAGUGA